AUGAUGGAAAAUCUGUCACUAAAAACCACUGCAACUAUCGCUUCUUUUGGAGGCAAGCUACUGAAACUUACGCAUGAAUCUUCUUCUACCGGCUGCGAGAUGGCUUUGAAUCUCUACCUGCCUCCUGAUGCCAACACCUCGACUAAAGCUCCCGUCCUUAUCUUUCUUUCGGGUCUCACGUGCACCGGAGAUAAUUGUGCUGAAAAAGGCUUUCUGCAAUGUGCAGCCAGCGAGAUGGGAAUUGCUGUUUUAUACCCAGAUACCUCGCCUCGAGGUCUUCAUUUAAAAGGCGAAGAUGACGCCUUUGACUUUGGAACCGGCGCAAGUUUUUAUGUCGACGCUACCGUCCCACCUUGGUCUAAUAACUACAAAAUGGAAUCGUACAUUACAACUGAGCUACCCAAGCUGCUAUUCGCUGAAUUUUCACAACUAGAUCCUUCUCGUAUCUCUAUUACUGGCCACAGUAUGGGAGGCCAUGGGGCAUUAACAAUGUUUCUGAGGAACCCGGGCAUGUAUAAAAGUGUGUCUGCCUUAGCACCUAUUUGCAAUCCCAUAAAUUGCAGCUGGGGUGAAAAAGCUUUCACUGGAUAUCUUGGACUUGAUCGAGAAAGCUGGAAGGAGCAUGACGCGACCGAGUUAGUGAGGAGGUGGGCCGGCCCAUUCAAUUGCUUGAUUGAUAUCGGUACCAAUGAUAGCUUUUAUAAGCAAAAGCUUUUGCUACCCGAGUCCUUUAGUGAAGCGGCGAGAAAUAGUGGUAACGACAAAGGACUGGUGUUGAGGUACCAAGAGGGCUAUGACCACUCAUAUUACUUCGUUGCUUCUUUCGCAAAGGAUCAUGUUUAUCAUGCUGCGAGAUUUCUUUUUGCUUAG